AUGAUGGAGGAGUCUGAGACAGAUCCACACUGGAGUCCAGAGACCAGGAAGAUGAUUGAGUCUCUGGGAAAACUGGCUUUUGAUCAGCUGCAGAAAGGAAACCUGAUCUUCUAUGAAUCAGACCUGACAGAGUGUGGCAUCGAUAUCAGAGCAGCCUCAGUGUACUCAGGAGUGCUCACACAGAUCUUUAUAGAGGAGAGAGGACUGUACCAGGACAAGGUGUUCUGCUUCGUCCAUCUGAGUGUUCAGGAGUUUCUGGCUGCUCUUCAUGUCCAUCUGACCUUCAUCAACUCUGGAGUCAACCUGUUGUCAAAAGAACAGUUAAAAUCCAAAAGGUUUGAAGUAAGAAAACACAAACCUUCAACAAGACAUUUCUAUGAGAGUGCUGUGGACAAGGCCUUACAGAGUCCAAAUGGACAACUGGACUUGUUUCUUCGCUUCCUCCUGGGUCUUUCACUGCAGACCAAUCAGACUCCCCUACGAGGUCUGCUGACACAGAAAAGACACAACUCUCAAAGAAACCAAGAAUGUAAUGUGACUGAGUACAUUAAGAAGAAGAUCAGUGACAAUCAGUCUCUAGAGAGAAGCAUCAACCUGUUCCACUGUCUGAAUGAACUGAAUGAUCGUUCUCUGGUGGAGCAGAUCGAACAGUACUUGAAAUCAGGAAGUCUUUCCUCAGAUAAAUUCUCUCUUGCUCAAUGGUCAGCUCUGGUCUUUAUCGUGUCAUCAGCAGAAGAUCAGAGCGUGUUAGACCUGAAUAAAUACUCUGCUUCAGAGGAGAGUCUCCUGAAGCUGCAGUCAGUGGUCAAAACCUCCAAAAAAGUUCUACUGAACGGCUGUAACCUCUCAGAGGAAGGUUGUAAAGCUCUGGCCUCAGUCCUCAGCUCCCAGUCCUCCAGUCUGAGAGAGUUGGACCUGAGUAACAACAACUUGCUGAAUUCAGGAGUGACGCCUCUGUUUGCUGGACUUGAGGAUCCACACUGUGCACUGGAAGUUCUCAGGCUGAGCGGCUGUAACCUCUCAGAGAAAAGCUGUGAAGCUCUGUCCUCAGUCCUCAGCUCCCAGUCCUCUAGUCUGAGAGAGUUGGACCUGAGUGGCAACGACCUACAAGGUUCAAGGGUGAAGCUUCUGUCCACAGGACUUAAGAGUCCACACUGCAGACUGAAGGUUCUCAGGUUGAGCAGCUGUAACCUCUCAGAGAAAGGCUGUGAAGAUCUGUCCUCAGUCCUCAGCUCCCAGUCCUCCAGUCUAAAAGAGUUGGACCUGAGUGGCAACAACUUGCCAGAUUCAGCAGUGACGCCUCUGUUUGCUGGACUUGAGGAUCCACACUGUACACUGGAGGUUCUCAGGCUGAGCGGCUGUAACCUCUCAGAGAAAAGCUGUGAAGCUCUGUCCUCAGUCCUCAGCUCCCAGUCCUCUAGUCUGAGAGAGUUGGACCUGAGUGGCAACGACCUACAAGGUUCAAGGGUGAAGCUUCUGUCCACAGGACUUAAGAGUCCACACUGCAGACUGAAGGUUCUCAGGUUGAGCAGCUGUAACCUCUCAGAGAAAGGCUGUGAAGAUCUGUCCUCAGUCCUCAGCUCCCAGUCUUCCAGUCUAAAAGAAUUGGACCUGAGUGGCAAUGACCUGCACGAUUCAGGAGUAACGAAGUUGUCUGCAGGACUUGAGAAUCCACACUGUACACUGGAAACUCUCAGUCUGUCAGGUUGUCUGAUCGCAGAGGAAGGCUGUUCUUCUCUGGUCUCAGCUCUGAGCUCCAACCCCUCCCAUCUGAGAAAGCUGGACCUGAGCUACAAUCAUCCAGGAGACUCAGGAGUGAAGCUUCUGACUGCCGGACUGGAGGAUCCGGAUUGGAGACUGGACACUCUCAGGGUGGACCAAGGUGGACCUCAGAGACUGAGACCUGGUCUGAGGAAGUACGCCUGUGAACUGGAACUGGACAUGAACACAGUAAAACGUAGCCUCAAACUGUCUGACAACAACAGGAAGGUGACACAUGAGAUGGACUAUCAGUCAUAUCCUGAUCAUCCAGACAGAUUCGCCCACUGUCCUCAGCUGCUGUGUAGAAAUGGUCUGAGUGGUCGCUGUUACUGGGAGGUCGAGUGGAGAAGAGAGGUUUAUAUAGCAGUGAGUUACAGAGGAAUCAAGAGGAAAGAAAACAGUGAUGAGUGUUGGUUUGGAAGAAAUUAUCAGUCCUGGAGUCUGUUGUGCACUGAUGCUCAUGGUUACUCUGUCUGGCACAAUAAUAUAAAAACAUCCAUCACCACUCCUCCUCCUCCUCCUCCUCCUCCUCUGUCUCUAACAGAGUAGCAGUGUAUGUGGACUGUCCUGCUGGCUCUCUGUCCUUCUACAGAGUCUCCUCUGACUCUCUGAUCCACCUCCACACCUUCAACACCACAUUCACUGAACCUCUGUAUCCUGGGUUUGGGGUCUGGUCUGGUUCAAUGACUCUGUGUCAGGAGGUCUGACUCCAGGUCAGCUGCUGAAUCAAAGUUCACUAUCACAGUUCACUUGUCCAACAUCACGUUGGUUAUCAACAUUUUAAGACUUGUGUAAAAUAACUUUCAUUCAUUCCAUAUCUGAGUUACAUGCAAACCACAAUACCAGUGGUGCUGGGAUCCCUGUUGUACCUGCUCAGAUUUAUAUUUUUAUGUAUUUAUUUCUCUGAAUCUUUGAAAAAAAAAGCCAGAAAAAAGUAAUAGUAGUGAAACUGUCAGAGGUUGUACAUAAUGGUGCACGUCACAUAGGAAAAAUUAAAUGUCUACUCGUAGGUGGCGCUAUAAUCAACAUAAGGUUGUUUUGGCCAGUCACUCCAACAUUGUACAUCGCACAUUUAUAAACCUUACAAGGACUCGUUCCCUGAAUUUAGCUGAAUCUCCUGAUACAAUGGACCACGUCCAUUUCCAUUAUAAUGUUUUCCUGCAAAAUACUGUGAAACCUACUUUUUCAAACUCGUCUUAGGCAGUGAGUCCACACAUACAGUCUGUGGACUCUGAUGAUCCAAAGUUAUUGAAAAAAUGUUUAUGAUCCAAAAAAUGCACAAAUUAUGAAGGAACAACUUUGUAUAGGUUGCAGUCAAAACAGGAAGUGAUGCGUAGCUUAACAACAAUCACUCCAUAUUAUCAUGAAACUAGGUGGCGCUAUUGUUUCACAAUCCUGUAAUAUGUUAAAAUGAUUAUGUAGGAUCCAACAGAAAACUGCUUCACCAGUUUCUACAUGAAUCAUCGGUUCAUCUGUUCGUCAUGUCACAGAAACAACAUCAUUAUUUAAGACCAACCUCACCACUUUUGUAAAUCUUGUCACUGAAGACUUCCAGUUGUUUAACUUCUCACCUGGUUGCAGUGAUGUAAACUUGUACAUUACCUUUUCAUGUUUGCAGGAUGUGUAUGUAAAUAUGUGCUGUACAUGUAUGUGUAUAUGUACCAUAAUAAUUAUUAUUCUUU